CCAUCCUAAUCGUGUCUGGAGUAUCCUGGUUUGUUCUCGUGCUGUCAAGACCCUGAGCCCGUAAGCUUAAACCAAGUUUAAUCUCCUCCAGAUUCAUUGCCCACGCAAUCUGCCACUGUUACCAGCAGGCCUGGGAGUCCAUGGAGGACCCACGGGCCAAGUUCUACUUCCCUUUCCUGUUGUCAGCUGGCAGCGCCGGUCUCGGGUGCCUCUUUCUGUGCCUCACCGUACACCGGUAUGGACGUCGUGGGAUUUUGCUCCUCACCACCACCCUGACCGGCAUCGCCUCUCUGAUCCUGCUGGGGCUGGGAGAAUAUCUCAACAGUGCAGCCCGAAGAACAUUUUCCAUUCUCGGACUCUUCACUUCCCAUGCAGCCGGUUCCCUCAGUAUCUUCUUCGCUGCUGAAGUCAUCCCCACCGUGAUCAGGUCAGGUGGAAAAGCCCCCCACCCCCCACGCCCCCCAGAGAAUAGGGAGGGGGUCCUGGGGUAGAAAAAUAGUUAAAAGCAGGGCUCCCCAACUUGUGGGCCGCGGCCCAUUCCCGGGCUGUGGCCUAUUCACAAACCGGGCCACGGGUGUGGCAGGCGUGCAGCCCGACAUGCACGAGCGUUGGGCAGAUGUGCCCGCUGCUGUCACAAAUGAAGCGGUGUGCUCACACCCGCCCCUUGCACAAAACUGUUCCCCGUUUCCUUCCCUCCCCAUCUCACUGAGCCACCAACCUGGAGAGGUUGGGAGACGCUGACAGAAAAACAGCUUUCGGGGAGGUGGGGCGGGGGGGGAAAUCUCCAGUGUAAAUUCGCAUCCUUCCUGACCUUUCCCUCCGCUAGUUUUGCCUUCAAGUGUCUAGUCCUCGUGAUUAUAGCUUUUGCCCCUUUCUUCCUCUCUUCCUUCCAUCCAUCCAUCCUUUUCAUUUCUCUUUCCUAACU